GUUCCUGUCGAGGGGGCUGUGAGCGGGCGGGCGGCUUCGAGUCGAGCGGCGGUGCGGAGGGGUGCGGCGGCGACGGCGGCUCUGCACUCGCGGUCGGUGGCCCGACUUCUGCUCUCGGCGGCCGAUUCGUAGGUUGCCCGGCUCUGAGGCGGCGGCGGCUCGGGGUUUCGGCCUAGGCCUCUGCGAAGCCUCGGACUUGAGUGCGGCGCGGCCGGGACGGCAGCAUGAGCGUGGAGGCGUACGGGCCCAGCUCGCAGACGCUCACCUUCCUGGACACCGAGGAGGCCGAGCUGCUUGGCGCCGACACACAGGGCUCCGAGUUCGAGUUCACCGACUUCACCCUCCCCAGCCAGACUCAGACGCCCCCCGGCGGCCCGGGCGGCCCCGGCGGAGCAGGAGGCCCGGGCGGAACAGGCGCGGGCGGCGCGGCCGGCCAGCUCGACGCGCAGGUUGGUCCCGAGGGUAUCUUGCAGAAUGGGGCCGUGGAUGACAGUGUGGCCAAGACCAGCCAGUUGCUGGCAGAGCUGAACUUCGAGGAGGAUGAAGAGGACACCUAUUACACCAAGGACCUCCCCAUCCAUGCCUGCAGUUACUGCGGAAUACACGACCCUGCCUGCGUGGUUUACUGUAAUACCAGCAAAAAGUGGUUCUGCAACGGCCGUGGAAAUACUUCUGGCAGUCACAUUGUAAAUCACCUGGUGAGAGCGAAAUGCAAGGAGGUGACACUGCACAAGGACGGGCCACUGGGUGAGACCGUGCUGGAGUGCUACAACUGCGGCUGCCGCAACGUCUUCCUGCUGGGCUUCAUCCCCGCCAAGGCCGAUUCGGUGGUGGUACUACUGUGUAGGCAGCCCUGUGCCAGCCAAAGCAGCCUGAAGGACAUCAAUUGGGACAGCUCUCAGUGGCAACCCCUGAUCCAGGACCGAUGCUUCCUGUCCUGGCUGGUUAAAAUCCCCUCUGAGCAGGAGCAGCUGCGGGCGCGACAGAUCACAGCACAGCAGAUCAACAAGCUGGAGGAACUGUGGAAGGAGAACCCUUCAGCCACCCUGGAGGACCUGGAGAAGCCGGGCGUGGAUGAGGAGCCACAGCAUGUGCUCCUGCGGUAUGAGGACGCCUAUCAGUAUCAGAACAUCUUCGGGCCGCUGGUCAAGCUGGAGGCUGACUAUGACAAGAAACUAAAAGAGUCGCAGACUCAAGAUAACAUCACGGUCAGGUGGGACCUGGGCCUCAACAAGAAGAGAAUCGCUUUCUUCACCUUGCCCAAGACUGACUCUGGUAAUGAGGACUUAGUCAUAAUUUGGUUAAGAGACAUGCGACUCAUGCAGGGUGACGAGAUCUGCCUGCGUUACAAAGGGGACUUGGCGCCCCUGUGGAAAGGGAUCGGCCAUGUCAUCAAGGUCCCUGACAAUUAUGGCGAUGAGAUCGCCAUUGAACUCCGCAGCAGCGUGGGUGCCCCUGUGGAGGUGACCCACAACUUCCAGGUUGAUUUCGUGUGGAAGUCGACCUCCUUUGAUAGGAUGCAGAGUGCACUGAAGACCUUUGCCGUAGACGAGACUUCCGUGUCAGGGUAUAUAUAUCACAAGCUUCUGGGCCAUGAGGUGGAGGAUGUGGUCAUCAAGUGUCAGCUGCCCAAGCGCUUCACAGCACAAGGACUUCCUGACCUCAACCACUCUCAGGUAUAUGCUGUGAAGACUGUGCUGCAGAGACCAUUGAGCCUCAUCCAGGGCCCGCCAGGCACCGGCAAGACCGUGACAUCAGCCACCAUUGUCUACCACCUGGCUCGGCAGGGAAAUGGGCCCGUGCUUGUCUGCGCCCCAAGCAACAUCGCCGUGGACCAGCUCACAGAGAAGAUCCACCAGACAGGACUGAAGGUUGUGCGUCUCUGUGCCAAGAGCCGGGAGGCCAUUGAUUCCCCUGUGUCCUUUCUGGCACUACACAACCAGAUCAGGAAUAUGGAUAGCAUGCCUGAACUGCAGAAGCUGCAGCAGCUGAAGGAUGAGACGGGUGAGCUGUCAUCAGCGGAUGAGAAGCGGUACCGAGCACUCAAGCGCACAGCUGAGCGAGAGCUGCUCAUGAAUGCAGAUGUCAUCUGCUGCACCUGUGUGGGCGCCGGCGACCCGAGGUUGGCCAAGAUGCAGUUCCGUUCCAUCCUUAUUGAUGAGAGCACCCAGGCCACUGAGCCUGAGUGCAUGGUGCCUGUGGUCCUUGGUGCCAAGCAGCUGAUCCUCGUGGGCGACCACUGCCAGCUGGGCCCAGUGGUGAUGUGCAAGAAGGCGGCCAAGGCGGGGCUGUCACAGUCGUUGUUUGAGCGCUUGGUGGUGCUGGGCAUUCGGCCCAUCCGUCUGCAGGUGCAGUACCGCAUGCACCCUGCGCUCAGUGCCUUCCCAUCUAACAUCUUCUACGAGGGCUCAUUGCAGAAUGGCGUCACUGCAGCGGACCGUGUCAAGAAGGGCUUUGACUUUCAGUGGCCACAGCCUGACAAGCCCAUGUUCUUCUAUGUGACCCAGGGCCAGGAGGAGAUUGCCAGCUCUGGCACAUCCUACCUUAACAGGACGGAAGCAGCCAACGUGGAGAAGAUCACCACAAAGCUGUUGAAGGCAGGUGCCAAGCCGGACCAGAUUGGCAUCAUCACACCCUAUGAGGGCCAGCGCUCCUACCUGGUGCAGUACAUGCAGUUCAGCGGCUCCCUGCACACCAAGCUCUACCAGGAGGUGGAGAUCGCCAGCGUGGAUGCCUUCCAGGGUCGUGAGAAGGACUUCAUCAUCCUGUCCUGUGUGCGGGCCAACGAGCACCAGGGCAUUGGCUUCCUCAAUGACCCAAGGCGGCUCAAUGUGGCACUUACCAGAGCCAGGUAUGGUGUGAUCAUUGUGGGUAACCCGAAGGCACUGUCAAAGCAGCCACUGUGGAACCACCUUCUGAGCUACUACAAGGAGCAGAAGGCACUGGUGGAGGGCCCGCUCAACAACCUGCGAGAGAGCCUCAUGCAGUUCAGCAAGCCACGCAAGCUCGUCAACACAGUCAACCCGGGGGCCCGCUUCAUGACCACAGCCAUGUAUGAUGCGCGUGAGGCCAUUAUCCCUGGAUCUGUCUAUGACCGCAGCAGCCAGGGCCGGCCCUCAAACAUGUACUUCCAGACCCACGACCAAAUUGGCAUGAUAAGUGCAGGCCCCAGCCAUGUGGCUGCCAUGAACAUCCCCAUCCCCUUCAACCUGGUUAUGCCCCCCAUGCCACCACCCGGAUACUUCGGACAAGCCAACGGACCGGCUACAGGCCGGGGUACUCCGAAAAGCAAGACUGGCCGUGGAGGCCGGCAGAAGAACCGUUUUGGGCUUCCUGGGCCCAGCCAGACCACCCUUCCCAAUAGCCAGGCCAGCCAGGAUGUGGUCUCCCAGCCCUUCUCACAAGGCGCCCUCACACAGGGAUAUGUGUCCAUGAGCCAACCCUCCCAGAUGAGCCAGCCCGGCCUCUCCCAGCCUGAGCUGUCCCAGGACAGUUACCUUGGCGAUGAGUUUAAAUCACAGAUUGACGUGGCACUGUCACAAGACUCCACGUAUCAGGGAGAGCGGGCAUACCAGCACGGCGGGGUCACUGGGCUGUCCCAGUACUAGAAGGUGGCAGAAGAAGAGCUAAGCUAUGUGGCUUAGUCUAUCAGCAUCUUAUUCUGGGUAAUAAAAAAUAAAAAUAAAUGGAUACCUGUUUUCCACUGCUAAAACUGAAGCACCACUGUGUGAGCAGCAGAGAGGAGAGAGGAGAGGAGAGGAGAGGAGGAGCGAGAGAGCGAGCGGUCAGCGGCCAGGGAGGACGACGGACGCCGAGGAGCGAGCGCCCCCUGCGGGCGGCCAGAGGAGAGGAGGCCCGCGCGGCCUGCACGAGGCCGGCCCAGCGCGGCCCUGGAGGGAGAGACCUCGGCAGAGGAGCCUGCCCUCGGUUCUUUUUCUUUGUUUCUCUUGAUUGAAAGGGGACUACGUUUUAGCAGGACGGACUUCGCCUUUCUGUGCCCCUGCGGGCGGCCAGGAGCGGCAGUGCAGUCGCAGCGCCACGCCACGGGGGUUUCGUUCAAAGAAAAUACGGUGUUUGGGGUUUUUCUGUUUGUUUUUGGUUUCUCUCCCCCCCCCCCCAAAGAUUCUUUC